AUGAAUAAUAAUGAGGAGGGACGUGCAGGGCCGCAGGUUCAUAUAGUUUUUGACAGCGGACCCGCUUUGGAUCGACGACAUUACAACAUGCCAAUCACAGACGAAGUAGCAGCAAUAUUUGUGCUGGAAAACAAUGAAUUGCCACCUAUUGCAGAUGAAAUUCUUGGCCGUGGCAUUGCAUACAUGGGUGUUAUUGAAUUUCAAAAGCGCGGCUUACCUCACUGUCAUUUAGUAUUAUCCCAGAUGGAUGCCAACGACAAUAUAAGAAUUCCCGAAAACGCCAAUUUUAUUAUCAGUGCUGAAAUCCCAGAUCCAGGGUCAGAUAACUGUCUGCACGAAAUUGUAGCGACUAUGAGGAUGCACGGAAUCUGCGGUACAACAAAUGCUAAUGCACCAUGCAUGAUCCAUAGCGUAUGCUCGAAACGAUUCUCCAAGACAUUCAAGGAUAUGACUUCUCUGGAUACAAAUGGCUAUCCAGAAUACCAUAGAAAGGAUACAGGUCACUGCAUUGACAUAAAAUAUGGACAAGCCUAUAAUCGAUGGGUGGUGCCAUACAACAAAUACUUACUAGCAAAGUAA